UGGGAUGCACGCUUGGUGGAGGCUGAUUGGAAGCCAAUGGCCUAUCGUCGAUUCACCAUGUCGGCUUUGUACUAUGCCCAAAUGAAUAUGGGCCCAAGAGUCCAGCGUGAGGUAUUCGUAGAAAGCAAAAAUCUCACCCUACGUGCAGAGAUCAGCCUUUCACAAGACGUGGACCAAGAAGGGGAACCGAUAGAUAUUCGACUAGCCAUACACAAGAACGGUGCGGUCGUUAGAAGCGUUACAGCACACGUUGCUCAACAUGUGCUAUUCGAUUGUGGAACUAUUCCAAACUAUAAUGGAUCACACAAAGCUGAGAAAUUUGACGAAGAAAAACCAUUGGACGAAGAUCGGCACGGCGCAAGGUUCUACAUGCGUUCGCAAGUUUAA